UUUUGGCGCAAUGGCGAACUCCUGUCUCCAGCUGACCGGGUUUGUGCUGAGUUUUGUGGGCUGGCUGGGCAUCGUGAUAGCCACUGCCACCAACGAUUGGGUCAUUAAUUGUAAAUACGGACUUAACACGUGUAAGAAGAUGGACGAGCUGGGCGCCAAAGGGCCGUGGGCAGACUGCGUGAUCUCCACCGGGAUCAACCACUGCGUGUUUCUUACGCAGCUGCUGGACCUGCCAGCGUACAUCCAGACCACACGUGCCCUCAUGAUCACAGGGUCCAUCUUGGGUCUGCCCGCCGUGGGGAUCAUCCUCAUGUCUCUGCCCUGCAUCAAACUCGGCAACGAACCCCAGAGCUCCAAAAACCAGCGCGCCAUCAUCGGAGGAGUCCUCAUACUGAUAGUCGGGGCGUGUGGGCUGAUCUCCACAAUCUGGUUCCCCAUCGGCGCGUACCAGGAGCAGGCUCUGAUGGCGUUUGGCUUCUCCCUGUACGCGGGCUGGUUCGGGACCAUCUUCGUCCUGAUAGGGGGGUUCAUGCUGGCCUGCUGUUCCUCCGAGUCCCACCCACGUGCCUACCAGGACAACAACAGAUUCUACUACUCCAAAAACGGAAGCAGCACCGUCCCAGCACCCACAUCCGCCAAUCACGCCAAGAGCGCACAUGUCUAAUUGGACUUUAAGUACUGAGUUGUUAUGCAGAAAUACUUUCUCCAACUUUUUUACAGUUCAGAAGAUGUAUUUGGCAUUUCAAAGUACAAGAACCAAAGGACUUUCUACCACUGGAUUUAUUCAACGCGAAAUAAAUAAGGCUAUGUCAGUGUAUUGCAAAAACAUGAAUCUACUUGGGGCUAUCCAUGAAAAAUUUGGACUGUUACCAUAGAAAAUAUCACUUUAAAACUACUAAUUAUAUAUUUUAAUUGGGAAAAGUCUUCAAAUCAUCUAGCAGGAUUAAACCAGGUCUUAACCAGGUUUAAACAACAUCUGAACCAACUGGACAAAACCCAGUGUAAACCAGCAUCAAAUGAGAAGAAAUCCUGUGCCGAGCUCAGAUCCCGGACCAAGACUAAACCAGGUCUAAACAAGGACUGAAUCCAGGACUAAACAAGGAUUUGUCCCAACGAAAGCUUUGAAGAGGCCCACUAAGAAAGAAAUUAGCAAUAAUAAUGUAGACUACCCUUGACUUUAACCCUGGAUCCAUAGACCAGACCACUCUUUUUUGAUUUUAUGGCUUUUAUAUAAAGAUCUUGAACAACGACAAGAAUAAAAGUAGUUACAAUGUUGGGCUAGGUUCAGCUUCUGCUCCGGUUAUCAAAGAUUUUAAAUACAGUGGGGGCCUUACUGAUAUUAAGUUUAUUAAGUACACAAGACAGAUGUAUUUUAAUAACAUUCAAUUCUGAUUGGACUAUAAUACGCACUGUGUAGUGAUUCUAAAAUGUUUUCUACAACUUUUCGGCAGUUCAGAAGAUAUUAUAUUUGGCAUUUCAAAGUAGAAAAAUGAAAGCAAAAACAUGGACGUUCUACCACAAGAUUCAGUAAACAAUAACUUCCACUUGGGACUGUCCAUGGGUUUCAGGAUGAUGAAAAAUAUAUAUCAAAAUAUGAUAUCUUUUCAGUGGGGAAAGUUUUAAAAUGGUGCAUGUAACAGGAAUCUGAAACCCACGAAUAGUGGGAUUAAACCAGGUCUAAACAAGGUCUGAAUCAACUGGACUGAACCCAGUGUAAACCAGCGCCA